AUGGCGGUCUGCACGAAACCCGACAUCGCUCUUACCGAUCUACUGAGUGGACGGUUCGCCACGAUCCAAGAGAACUUACACCAAUAUCUGAAUAGCGCAAACCUUGUGAUGCUGCGCGGGACAUCGAAAAGGCUCCGCGCCGAGAUCGACAAGUACUGUAAUUUCAAUAUUGAUGCGAGACUCAAUGUGCUGUUCAAAGAACCGAAAGCAUUCCGUAACUUGCAAGCACAUUGCGACGCUAUAAUUGCCGGUCCAUUUGCGAGCUAUUUCUUCACACGAGCCUCCAAAACUCAUGGUAAAAGGGUGAUCGUACUCAUAUUUGCGGAACAACAUCCCCUUCUCUUGCAUGAAUAUCUUCAACAGGAGGGAUACUCGGAGCAGGCCUUUGAGAUGGCCGAUAGACUCGUGGAGAGGUACGGGCCGAGAUCAUAUGUCAAGAUUGGAAACGAAUCUGUACAGAUCAGAACGCAUUACCACCCUCGACAUCCAGGUGUUCAAGACUUCCUCCAAGCAUUCGUCUACAGUACCAACGAUAUGGCAGUUAUCACAUGGAACAAGGCCUACCACCUCUUACCCCACUGCACAUUUGUCAAGAGAAAGUCAUACCUACUCGCUACACCAUCGUUCUCUCUGUCGAAAAUGCUUCGCCGCCAAGCUAUGCUAGGCCUCCAAAUAUGUAGCUUGCAUCUGGAUCAAUUCGAUUAUGAUCCUCCGUAUGACUUGCAGCUACUCACCUGGCCACGGUCAAUUCGGGAUAAAUACACAUGGAUCAUGGACCUGGACACCACUGGAGUUACCCCGUCUAAAACGCCAGAUUAUGUUUUGGAAUCCACCACUUUCCGUAUUCGCCUUCCAAGGCUCAGUGAGCUGCCUAGGCCUCAAUUUCCGAUCAAUCAUUACAGAUUAUGCAACUUCUAUAUAUUGCACUAUCCUGUAACUCGACAUAAAUACAUCGUCGAUUUCAUGCCAGGACGCAGAAACCGGCCAAGUCCUUCGGACGAUCCCAAACUCACCUUGUUAGCCAAUCGUCUUCAUGAUUUCACGGUCAUCGAACUUUUGAAGAUGGACUCGAGCCUCCUGCCUUCCCGGGCUAAUGAUGUUAUCAUGGGAUUGAUGGAUGCCAGGGAUCUUGAAGACUUUGUGCAACCGCCGAAUUGGAACUUCUACGAUCACAUGGUUGAGCAACGUCUCGCUGAGAUUCAUGAGCAGCGAACGAGUUGGUGA